AGCUUACCAUAAAAGCCGCCGACUCUCCGUCCUUCACUGCUGACCUGGGCAUAACCGCAUGUUGAGCGGCCUCGGGUAGGUUAGACGAGGUACGCAUAGCUGUGCCGCUCAGGUCAUCUUUGUGCAACACUAGUGUAAAUAGAAAGCCGCCACUGGAGGUCCGGCCCGGAGCGCUGGCAGUCCACAGCAGCAAGCCGAAGUCAAAGCGGGGACCGGCUGCCCCCCCGAAGACCUCACAACGGGAAACCCGCAUUCAGACACCGCUUGAUUUACAACCCAAACAUCAAAAGGAGGAAAGUGGGAAAAAAAAAAAAAAAAACACCAUAUCGAAAUGCCCAUCCGCGGUCCCGUCCCGGUGAAAUUGUACAAACGAGAUGCCGCCGAGACGCUCCGAGUCGGGCCCCUGACAAUCCGCGUCUACGAGGAUGGCUCGCUGACCGAGAACCGAGUCAGCGCCGUGCUGGUUGAGGUACCUGCGGGCAAGAGCGGGCCGCCUAUGCACUGGCACCGUUUUCAUGACGAGCUCUUCCUCGUCACAAAAGGAACCAUGACAUUUGUGACUCCCGACGGCGAGGUGACUGCGUCCGAAGGCGACCUCAUGACAGUGCCCCCUGGGGCGAUCCAUACCUUCAAGAACGCUUCCGAGACGGAGGAUGCUGCAUGCUACAUGACUGCUACUCCGGGUCACUAUGUUGAUUAUUUCAGAAUGCUCGCCAAGGCAUCCGAGGGUGGCAAACAGCUCGCUCCAGGCGAGGUCCGGCACUUGAUGGCAUUGUUUGGCACAUUCCCGCCGGAUGUCGAGUCGGAGCCCUAAUGGACCCGACUUAAGGCAAAGGAAUGUCUGAGGGC